ACAGAGCUGUGUACAGUAGUCAUUUAUUCGAGAGAGGGUAUGUGUCAAUUCUAGAGAGAAAUCGGGAAAAAAGAUGGAGAGAGGGAGGAGUGUUUCAGAAGCUCACUGCUUCGCUGAUUUUGAGGCAUGUAGAGAGAGAGAGGGGAGAGAGGGAGGAGUACUACACAAGUUUCACAGGCCCACAUUUAUAUUGUAUUAGGGCCUCCUCUCUUCAACAUCAGUCUCGCUGAAAGUUUCCUGAGCUCUCUCAGAGAAAUCCCCAGGUGUUUUGAGAUAAUGUUGAGGAAGAGAACCAGGUCACUCCAGAAGGAUCAACACCUCAUGGAUCAUGUAGCAAACCCUGAUGCUAAUUCGGACUACUAUUUUCAGUUUCAAUCUCUGGGGAGAAACAUCAAAAGCAAUUCAAUUUUCAAUGCACCUCGCGUGUUCGUAGGUCUGGGUCCUAAGGGCUUACUAGAUUCUGAUUCAGUUAGGAGCCCAACAUCUCCACUUGAUUCUAGGGUCCUGUCAAACUUAGGAAGCGCAGUUAGAUCCCCAAGAUCAUCUCCCCAUGAGGGGAAUCAAAAGAGCUGGGAAUGCGGCAAAGUAGGCCUAAGCUUAAUAGAUUCUUUGGAAGAUUGUCCUAGACUUUCUGGGAAAAUUCUCCGACCAUCAGAGAGUAAGAAUCUUAGUCUCGGUCCAAAACCGAGGGUGAAAAUCCCAAAUUGUCAACCCUAUACUGAUUUUGAGGCAUCUAAAUCCUUACCCAAGGAUUUUUGUAAGCCUCCUUAUAGUAAGAGUGGGUCUAUUUCUGGCAAGGGCGAAUCAAAGGUUCUUUUUGAAAUUGGAGAACCCCACCAAGAGAUUGAGCCAUUUGGGAAAAGUAGGUCUUGUUCUUUGGACUCCUGCAGUCCAUUGAAAAUCCUGUCUGGUUUAAAUCAUUCAAACAUUGAUUCCAUCUCUGAGAUUACGAUGAAAAAUAUGAUCACCCGAGUGAACUCUCCCCCUUUUUUUAACGGAGGAAGCCAGAACUCAAGCACCUUAUCUCAUACAGAAUUCGACUCAAAACCUUCAUCCAUUUGCACAUCAAAUGAAUUUGUUGGUUCUUUAUCUGCUGGUGAGAUUGAACUUUCUGAGGACUACACGUGUGUAAUUUCCCGUGGUCCUAACCCAAAAACUACUCAUAUUUUCGGGGACUGCAUUCUGGAAACUCACUCUAGUGGUUUUGGAACCCAUAGUAAGAACAGAGAAGGGGAUGAUGGAGUACUGCCCAAUGUGGUCAACAGCUUACAAACUCCAAACCAAUAUCCCUCUAGUGACUUUUUGAGUUUCUGUAACCAUUGCGACAAGAAACUGGAAGAGGGGAAAGAUAUUUAUAUGUACAGAGGCGAAAAAGCAUUUUGCAGUUUAAGUUGCCGUGCUCUGCAGAUCAUGAUUGACGAGGAACUUGAGAAGAAAUCAAAUCCAUCUUCUGUUAAUUCUUCUCCAAAACCAGAAAAUAGUGAGGAACUUGUUGGAACUGGCAUUUUCACAGCUGCCUAGAGAGGCUUUUUCUGCCACACCCACCAUGGCCUUGACAGUGGUGGACGCAGCUGAUCAUCUGUUCAUAGAAGAGCUGUUUUAUGUGCAUCAAUCAGCAGCCAUGGAUGAUCAUUUUGUACAUCAUUGCGUUUGCCAUUGGUGUUUCAGCUUUCAUGCUCGUGGUGGAUUAUUAUGGCUUUUGGACGGCUAGUUUUGGUUUUCAUAUAACUAGAGAUAAUAUGUUAUCAGACUUACUGAUGCUGGUUGCUUAUCACCCUUAAGGGUUGAGGCUGAUUUUUCUGGCUUCCCCUUCUAUUCAAUUUACCUCGUAUUACCUCUACAUUGUGUCAAAAAUCAAUGUAUACUAUCUGGACCUGUUUUUGGCCGAACGAUACAUGUGAUCUUAGCAGAGUACUAUACAAUCACUGUAUUUCUAA